CCUCUCGCACUCUCACACACCACAACACUCAUUCCUUCUGCACCUUAUUCCACAAACAAACCUUGAGAGAGAGAGAGAGAGAGAGAGAGAACAUGGUUAUGUCUGUAUUGCUUCGAUUUAUAUAUCCACCACCACCUUCAUUGUUCGUAACUGCCAUGUCUGUGAUCAGCGCUGCAUCUUUGGCCAACGCCGGGAUUUCGGAAAUCAAAGGCAAACACAUGCAGUAUUCUAAGUUCUGGAACAACAACAACAACAACAACAACAACAACAACAACAACAUUGGUAGUAAUAAUUCUCAAAAAUCUUCUUCUUCUUCUUCGGCCAAGCGGACCAAACUGUCCACCAAAACAGGUAUGCUAAUUGCGUACACGCCGGCGUUACUCGCCAGCGCCGCUUCCUUCGUCAUUUUCCCCAACGAGGGUUUUAGGUUCUUGUUGGUCAAUUCUGCUCUAAGCAUCCAUUUCUUCAAGAGGCUUUUUGAGGUUUUAUUCAUUCACAAAUACAGCAGUGUGAUGUACCUUGAUGUUGCAAUUCCAAUCUCUCUCAGCUACUUCAUCUCCACAUCAACCAUGAUCUAUGCCCAACACCUAACCCUAGGGUUCCCCGAGCCGCCACUUGAUCUUAAGGAUGCCGGAAUUUCGAUGUUUUUAAUGGGUAUAUCUGGUAACUUGUACCACCAUUACCUCCUCUCUAAACUGAGGAAACGAGGUGAUAAAGGGUACAAGAUCCCCAAAGGUGGCUUGUUUGAUCUAGUGAUAUGUCCACACUAUCUUUUUGAAAUAUUAGGGUUUAUAGGGAUCUCUUGCAUUUCUCAAACUCUCUAUGCAUUCUCAUUCACCCUAGGCACCACUAUCUACUUGAUGGGGAGGAGUUAUGCCACUAGGAAAUGGUACCUUACAAAGUUUCAAGACUUUCCCAAGAAUAUCAAGGCUCUUAUUCCAUUUGUCCUCUAGAAUAAAAAUGAAAAUGUGGAAAUAUAAAUUUAGGAUAAAGUUAGUAUUAAGUCAUAUAUAUAAAGAUAUGACACAUUUUUUAGAUUUGAUAUAUGAAAUGAGAUUAAAAGCCAGAGUAGUUAGGCUUAUGCCAUAAGUUUGUUGAUCAAUAAUUUUUUGUUUGUGAAAAACUUUACUGUUCAUCUUUGUGCUC